UGUGUGCCAGAAGAUCGAAAAAUUUAAUCAAACGUUUCGCCUCAGCCUGCUUCGGUGGUCGUCGUCAUUAACUUCCAAAAAAUCCGGAAAAGUCUUGUGUCGAGUGUGUGAAAAUAGUGCAGGAAGUAGAUUUUCGAGUCAGAAACCGGACCGGAAGUGUGUCCCGUAGAAGGUUUGCUUGAGUCGGAGCUGAAUUCCGGAAAGGCCUUAGCUCUUAGGAAGUAGCUGAAGAAAAAAAGACGUCACACAAAAACAAUGGAGAAAAGAAUAGCGCUGGAAAAACGCGGCCUGCCAGAUGACCAGACCAGAGAGCUGAUUCUGGACAACUGCCGCAGCACCCACAUCGAAGGCCUUACCGACAGCUUCACCGCCCUCGAGAUACUCAGCCUGAUCAAUGUCGGUUUGGUGUCGCUAAAGAGCUUCCCUAAGUUGCCCGCCCUGCGCAAACUGGAACUGUCGGACAACCGGAUCCUGAACGGGCUGAACCAUCUCGUCGACAGUCCACAGCUGACGCACCUGAACCUGUCAGGCAACCGCAUCAAGGACUUUGAGGAGCUGACGCCACUGAAGGAAUUGAAAAAUCUGGAAGUACUGGAUCUGUUCAACAACGAGGUCACUUCGACGGACAACUAUCGUGACAAGAUCUUCGCGCUGAUCCCCUCGCUAAAGUAUUUAGAUGGGUUUGACAAGGACGACACGGAGGCUCCGUCGGAUGAAGAUGAGGACGCAAACGGUUAUGACGAUGAUGAGGAAAACGGACGCUUUUCGAUCAAUGGAAUCGAAAUUGAUUUAGACGAACUGGAACAGUUCGAAUCCAAACUAAAAGAGAAACGAAAACCUGCUAAUGGCCUUCCGUCGACAACAGCUGUAGACCAACAGCAGCAUGCAAUCAACGGGCUGGAAGACAGACUGGGCCAGCUUGAGCUUCAGACUGCGGAUGAUUCCACCGAACAUGCCUCCUCCUCCAAAACCGUCGUCACCAACGACAACGACAAAGACGAUCUUGACCUCAUGUACGAAGAAAUCCAGCGGAGGAACGAGGAACGAACGCAAAGGCCCGCACCUUCGCUGGGUUCUCUUCUGCUAUCGUUUCUGUCGUUGUUAGCCUUUCUCAAUCAGAUCUGCUUCGUUCAGCCGCGGUCCGAGCAGCUGCUGAUCGAGAAUUCCGAUAAUCUCCUAGAUGAAGAAGAAACCGGUCUUUCAGAGGUCUACAAUGACGACCUCGUCGAUGACGAUGAGGAUUGGGAUGAUGAGGAGGAUGAGGAGGAUUACGCGGAUGAUCCCACCGACGACGAAGAAGAUGACGGUGAAGAAGCUGAAGAGGGAGCAGUCGAGGUCACCAGCGAUGGCGAUGGCGAAGUCAAAGAUGCGGAAGCAGCCAGGGGUACAAAGCGAAAACAUGAUGGCAAUGACGGUUAAGACGUUUUCCGUUUUGUUUUUUUGCAAAAACCUUUACUUUAAUUAUUGAUAACUUUACCGAUAAGUUUCGAUUGUAAGAUUACAAAAUAAUAUUAAAGCAGAGGAAAUCCCGUAAAAACAAAGUAUAAAACAAACAAACCCUUCAAAAGAAAAUACAAGAAACUAAAUAUAAAUCAGCCUUAGUUGAAUUCACAAUACGGAACAAAAAAAACACAAGAGUAGUUGCAAACAUACACACAACACAGUAUAUACACCUACGUUUUUAUUGCAGUAAACUGAAAGUAAUGUCUUUAAAUUCAAGAAACAAACAACACUCAUACCGCUACUGUUCGGUCAAACAUCUUAAAACGACUCAGAGGAAUAGAAAGGUCUAUGACAGUUAAAAGAAUAGAAAGGCCCCGAACGGUUGCGAUUUUUACGCAGCCAAUCGGAAGGAUUGGACAGUUUACCAAACUCUCCUUAUUGGGCAAUGCAUUGUUGAAUAUGAUGUUUCGGAAUAAAUGCGUCAAGAUUCACUUUCUGCACCCGUUUUCAGUAUAAAGAUGUCUUAUGUGAAAUUAAAAAAAAAAAGAAAAUUUAGUUUUUUCACGAUUCGUUGUAUUGAGCUAAAAUACCUGAUUGGCAACUAAAUCUUGUAAUUUUAUUUUAUUUUCUUUGAUGGCAUAUCACCAAUGCAGUAUCAGAAACUCCUGUUUUCCUAUGUUAUCAGCUUCUCAAUCGGUCGGCCCAAAAAAUGAUUCAAAUUACGUUAAAUCAGAUAAAACAGAGAAAAACUUAUAAAUGAACCUGAUCGUGUGCUCUUUAAAUUAUACAAAACAAAUAUCUCGUUCCAAAAACAAAAUCAUCCUUAGGGUGCAGUUUACUUUUUUUCUAUCUUUGGCUGAAGCCUUAAGUGUCUCUUUCGCUUAUCCCUGCAACAGGUCGUACAAUUGAGAGCGGUGAAAACAAGUUUUUAAAACAAGCAAACAAAGAAACAAAUUGAAUCCACAGAUCUAAUAUUGAAAGUUCAGGCAGACGCAGCAGAAAAAAAACAUCCAGAAAAUGAAACAAAAUUUGCGAAAGAGGAUUAUCCUGCAGAAUACUGAAUCGAGAUUCGAUUAUGGAACAAAAAAAAUCAAGCAAAAUUUAUAAAUAACUGAAAGUAUUUGUUUAAAUAAAAAAACACAUAAUCAAA